AUGAAGGAUACUAGAGCUCGUAAUGUUAUUGAAAGGACAUUUGGUCUCUUGAAAGGACGUUGGGGAAUUCUUAGAAGCCCUUCUUGGUACUCGGUUAAGAUACAUAACAAGAUUAUUAGUGCUUGUUGUUUGAUACACAACUUUAUUCGUAGAGAGAUGGAAGUGGAUCCCUUAGAGAUCGAUGUGGAAGAACAAGUAGAAUAUCAACAAGAUAACAUUGAUGUUGUUGAAUCAUCUCAGGAGUGGACCACAUGGAGGGAUGAGUUGGCUCAAUCAAUGUGGAAUGCUAACUUAAACAAUUGA